CCUUUUUUUUAUUGCUUUUUCUUGCGCCUGGAGAACCAAUCGGGAGGCUGACAAAGAAGACCUAGAAACGGAACAGAACCGAUUCGAUCUCAGCCUGAAUCGAUCGCUCUUCUCCGGAGUUGGGAGUGAGAAAAGAUCAACGAGAGGAGGAGGAGGAGCGGCAGGGGAAGGAGAUGGAGACGGUGAAGAAUCUGCUGCGGCCGAAGCCCAAUCCCCAACAGCAGCUCCGCGAAUGGCAGCGCCGGCUCCGCCAAGAGUGCCGCAACAUCGAGCGCCAGAUCCGAGAUGUGCAGAGGGAGGAGAAGAACGUGCAGAAGGCGAUAAAGGAUGCCGCGAAAAGGAACGACAUGGCUUCAGCAAAGUCUCUUGCUAAAGAAAUUGUGAGAUCAAGGCGAGCUGUGAACCGUCUUUAUGAAAAUAAGGCACAAUUGAAUUCGGUCUCUAUGCACCUUGGUGAACUUGUUGCAACGGCUAGGACAGUCGGCCAUCUAUCGAAGAGUGCUGAGGUUAUGAAACUUGUUAAUAAUCUUAUGAAAGCUCCUGAGGUGGCUGCUACAAUGCAAGAAUUUAGCAAAGAAAUGACUAAGGCUGGGGUGAUGGAGGAAAUGGUGAACGAUGCUGUUGAUACAGCUUUGGACUCCGAGGACAUAGAGGAGGAAAUAGAAGAGGAAGUGGACAAAGUGCUUGCUGCAAUAGCAGGUGAAACUGUGUCACAGCUACCAGAUGCUGUUAGGAAGGAAAAGAUGAAGCAACCUUCAGUGAGCACAGCUGUUGAAGAGCGUGAAGCAGUUGCCGAGGGUGCAGAGGAUGAAGACCUAGAUGAGAUAAGGGAACGACUUGCUAGGUAUCAAUCUGGUGCGUAAUUUUGGCUGCAUGAAGCAAUGGAUAUGUUAAGGAAUUAAAGCUUAAGCUGCUUUCCUCAUCUACAGAUUUCCCAGGUAAAUUAUUCGAUGAUCAUUUACUAUAAGUCAAUAGCGUAAAUAUAGUGUUUCUCAUGUUGAUGUUCCUAUUGUUCUUUGACACAAAUGGCACUGCUACCAAGCGAGACAAUAUCUCCUUAGAGAGAAACGUUCGCAAUCCAUUAUGAUCAGAACCUGGAGCCAGCGAUGCAGUUUGUAAACCAGGCAAGUAGUAGAUGAUGCGUUAUUAUCACUGUUAUAUUAAGAUGCAUAUUAAUUAAGCUAUUUGAUUUC